CCAUCCCAUCCAUGUCGAGGAAUCCUUUGGCGGCAGCGUCUUGUCCACGCCAGACUGAAAUCAGCUUGGAAAUACGCAUCGAAAGCAGCCCUCCACAAGAGGCAUCACAGCCACACUCGAGAUAGGCCCAAGAAAACGCCAGAAAUAACGGCAGAGCGGUGGGAUGAGGUGCCACCCGGCAGACAAACCAUACCCUGUCAAGGUCUUGGGUGCUGUCGACCUGGGUCUCUCUGCGUGGGUAAGUGGGCAAGGCAACACCUCAUUCGAUGCAAUACGGCCCCAGGUGCAUUCGGAUGGGUGCCGAGAGGCGACAAUGAAGGAAUCGCUUCCAACCUCGCCGUCAUGCAUCUUCCGGUUUGGGGCUUGCAACCGGGCCAUAAGAGCAACCAUAACAUCCCCUCGCAUCUGCUGGGGUAUAUCUUCACCUGGAAUCCCAGGUCCAUGUCGACGGGCGGAGGCCGGCCGCCCAGACACCAACAUCGACCCCAUCUCAUCCUCUGACGUGCGCCUCUUCCUUUCCACCCCCAAAUCCCCUCUUUUGCCCGUCCCCCACUACAGAAAUGCCCACCCGCACCACACACAAAUGACCCCCCCGUCUGCCUGGUCCCCCUAAGGUACCACCAGACGCGCUUUUUCCAUCAAUUCCGCACCCAUUAGGCUUGGCUUGCAUUUCGGCCACAAGCUCUGUCAGACGUCGAGGUGCCUGAUCAGGGCCAUCGAUUUCGUGCUUGGGGGCCUGCAGCGCCACAGCCGUGCUGACCGACCUCCGGCUCGAAGCUGUUAAAUCCCCGCUGGACAGACAACCAGAUCCGUCCCCUGCUGUUGAGGAGAUCAGACAACCGCGUUUUCGGGGCCGGAGAGAAGAAAGAAUUCAAAAGAUACCCCAAACUCCAAAGCCUGCGCCGCCGCUGCAGCCGGAAUCUGCCAAGGUCAGCCACUGCCGCCUCCCAGACAGAGGAGGCGCCCGGGAGCAAGGGGAAAUAAAAUCGCCAGCUUUUUGGCGCCCCAAUCCGCCUUGACGGCUUCCCGCAAGCCACCGCAAAUUCCAUUUGGGCGGCAGGCUGUUUCGCUGGUCCCGCGGGACUCGACUAUGCUCCUACACAACAACACCAUGCCAAGGUCGAGGUCGAGGUCGAGCCCAUCCGGUGCUCAGAGGCUACCCGUGAAUCCACGACGACACAAAGUCUCUCCCGACAAGAGAAAGCGUGUCGCGACUGCGUGCAAUAGCUGUAACCUCAAACGGGUCAAGUGCUCUGGUGAGCAACCAUGUAGGCAGUGCGAGAUCGCGUCGAGGGACUGCGUCUACCCCCAAGCCGUCGACAAGGUGUCGAUACCAAAAUCUCAGCUGGAGGAGCUGGAAUCAAAAUGCGCUAGGCUGGAGCGCCGCCUCCAAGAGCAGUUCGACUUCAACACGAGCCCGCGGCGCUCGCUGUCCACCUCCUACAAUAAUGAUGCGAGUGCUGGCGAUCUCGGUCUAAGCUCGACCACCGCCAGCAGUACCGUGGGCGGGGGCGAGGAGUCACAGUCGCCGCCCGAGGAUGGGCGACUGCUACAGGACACGGAUGGCACUGCGCGCUACCUCGGCGAGACGUCAGGCGCCACAUUUCUCGACAACCUCAAGAUGUUCAUGUCGACAAUGUUCCAUCUGGCCUUCAGCGGGGGCCGGAUCUCGGAGUACGGCAAUGGCAACACUUUCCUCGCCUCUGUGGGCCGGUAUCAGACCUCGGACUCGCGUCCACUGCCGGCUCCCGAUGUUAACCCUCUCUGGCUGCCGCCGCGGAAGAAGGUGUUGGAGAAAUUGGAACAGGUGCGGGCCUUCAUCCAGGACAGUGGCAUAUCCGGAGGAAUCUAUUUUUGGGGCGACCUUUCCAACUGCCACGACGGGUUGAACUAUGGCGCCGCCCUUCGGCCAUCCUCAACCGCGGCCGGCGAUCUUGUCCCCCACCGCGGCCUGGCAUUUUACCAUGCAGCUCUCGCCUAUGCGAGUUUGUUUGGCCCCGCGUCACCCAACUCUAAGCAGGAGGGCGAACUGCGCUUCGCAUGUGCGCGUAUACUACUGGGUAACCCUCUCGAGGUGUCAACCUACUCCAGCUCCGAUAUCGCUACAAUGGCUCUCAUGGGUAUGUACAUGGUUGAGAACAACCGCCGCGACGCCGCAUACAUGUACAUCACCACGGCGAUGCACAUCUCUAUCAUGCAAGGCAUACACCGUGGCUGUGGCACCGACGAGCUUGGCAAGCGUAUCUUUUGGACGGUUUACAUUCUCGAUCGCUGGAUCAGUUGCCUCAUGGGGCGACCACCCACCAUUGCGGACGAGGCCGUCCGGCUGGACGAGCCACAUGACGUGCCGGGGAUGCCAAGCCCUGUAGGCCUUAGAGCCCACAUCGCGCUCUCGAGGAUAUCUGGCCACAUUGUGUGCAACACUUAUCGCAUCGCCCCUAACACCUUGCCCGACGCAAGCCCAACAACCAACGGUGUCUCUCCUGUCGACAAGACACUACAGCUACUCACCAACUGGCUGAGGGGUCUUCCCCAGGAGCUACGCAUUUCGUACGAGACACUUCCCCAGGACAGGCCACUGUGCACACUUCACAUGAGCUACAACCAGCAAUUGAUACUCACAAUUCGUCCGGUCUUUUUGAGUAACGUCAAGAAGGCAGUCGCCGAUCGCUUCCUGACACAACCACGGCAACAAAGCGGGCAAGCCGGUGCGGGCCCGCAGCACCAAGACCACACAGACACCUCUGCUCUUCCAUUGAAUCAUAGGAUCGCCAGGCCGCCGUUUCGUAAGCGCUCUGCUGGCAUCGAGGGCAACCACCCGCAGAUCGGCUUGUUUCGCAAGUGCUCCGAGGCUGCACGCCAUAACCUCCGGUUGGGCCGAUGGCUGGCCGAGAUCUCUCCCGCAUCCAAGUUGCUGCUCCCAGAUUUGCACUGUGUUUUCAAUGCCGCAAUAAUGCUUAUGUUGCACCAGAUCGCGUUUGUGGAGCAACCAUCCGACGGAUCUGAUAUCGAAUUCGCCUUCAAGGCCUUUUCCAGCGAGGCGGCCAUGGGCGACACUUACGCGGCAGACUGUCUCCGCGUCAUGCAGGACCUCGCCAGUCUUGUCCGCCAGCUUUGCGACCAGAUGUUCCCCGGCGUUCCUCACACCCCCAGCCCGCAAGUCGGCCCCAAUGCCGCUGUUGCCACUUCCACUGAAACCUCGGCCACCCCGUCGCCGCUCCUUAUCGCGGAUACCCUCACUAGCAUGCCCCGCGGGGCGGCCGGCGCGCGCGCUCUAGGUCAACAACAACAGCCACUAUCGAGUUCCGUCAUGGAAGGGCCCCAGCCUAUAUCCAUAUCGGGGUACCUGGACACUCACGGAUAUGGUAGGGGUGGUGGAGGGAUCGUUUAUCCCAGCUUGCCGAACAUCCCGGGCUCGGCUACCAUCAUUGGAGAUCCCAAUCCCGAUAUGGGGUUCAAUACCAUGGCAACCUCGACUUCAACCGGAAUCCCGGAUGCCGGCAACCCAUUAUACGUCCUCAUGGGAUGGUCACAACCUGACCCGAUGGGCGAAAUGUACGGCCCAUGCUUUAUGUGAUGCAAAACAGUCUAGGCUCUGUGUUUGUUUCUCAAGGGCUUCUCUUUCGUGAAUUGAAUUUGGAUUAGGGGCUUUGUUUCCUACCCAAUGGCGAUUGCGUCCAGCCCCACACAGUUGCCUCUAGUGUAUUCACCUCUCGUCAAAUCCUCGCAAAGCUUUCGUUCUCUGCUCCCUUCCCUCCCUAGAAAGCGGGAUUACCCGACACAGAGCCUGACUGGGGAGAAUUCGGGAUGACGAAUUCUUACCUGCGGUUUAGGCACUGAAUGGGAUGCCUCAUGUCUGUACCUGUUGGCCCAGGCGGUGAGAUUAUCUAGUGGCAACGCGGAGAGUCCGAGGGGAUGGCUCAGUGUUUCUCCAAUGGUCACGACACCAAAACACAGGUACGACUUCCCCACCCACGGCCAAGAUGGGAUACUCUUGCGCUCGCCAUGCAGUCUAGUCACUUGGUGCGUGAUUAUUACUGCAGGAGGCCUUCGGGUACUGUACCCUCACAUCACCCACAACCGUUUCUGAAAUAUUAUUCGUCGUCGUGUCUUUUGCUCACGGCCCCCACUCGCGUACCGAGACACAGGACGAACAACGAAGCAUGGGUGCCAGCAUUAGCGCGAGCAAAGCCACACAUGUCCCUCCUGCAUGAGCGUCCUGGGACCUAAUUAUGGUGCGUGCAGUACCACCCCUCCGUAUAUCCCACAGCCCGGUUCGGCGCCCUCCCCAUAGGCCCAGCGAAGCGACGAUCGCUAUCUCUUCCGAGCACUGCCCCCGAGAGUCUGGUUAUCGGUGCUUCGAACUGCGGCUGGCGCCGCCAGGCGUAAGCGACAGAACCGCCCAUUGCGGCUGGCGGGUCUGUACGGGCGCCGUGGCGAAGUCGUUUUUUUUUUAGGGGGCUGUGCCUCGUACUCUCGGCGCGCCGCAUUGCAUGCCGUAACUGGGCGUACUUGCGCCGAGCCCGUGCGGCAUGCCCGGCGGCAGCGCAUGGCCCGCUUGUGCGCAAAAGAAUGGCGGCAAUAUGGCACUGAGGGUACUUGAGUCUAUAAAGCCAG